UGUUUCUGGACCGAGCAGUUAUUAUUAUCAUUUAAUUGUAUACAGCCCUGGAAAGCACAGUGUUUCUAUCCAGAUUUCCCUCAUGACGUCGUUUGUGGAGAUUCUUGGGGAGACAAUCGUCUUAUCCUAGCGGCAGAAGCUGGCGCGUUCCUAUUAGAAGAGGGCGUGAUUCACCGACCAAUCUUCGACAGGACCGUACAAAUCAAACAGGUGAACGUAGUGGAAGAACAUGGUAUCCUUAUAUUUCGAGCAGACAAAGGAAAAGACAGCAGAAUCUACGUGUUCAGCCUUUCCGAUUUUGAUAGCGAAACUAGGGAAAGCGGCGGUGUGCGAAAUAAAUCAGACUUGCGAGACCACAGACUGGAGAAAACUAAAGGCUGUCAUUUGUAUGCCAUUAGUCGACCCUGUGAUAGUCAUUUACGCAUGGUUGUGGCUUUUGGUCGCCGGUUGCUCGUAUUUCAGUGGCGCCACACUGCGGCGUGGUGUGCGUCUUUGGAUACUGACACGGUGGACGGAUUCCAGUUUAUUAGGGAACUUCCUGUGUCAGAGCCUGUUCAGCUGAUCACCCUGGUGGACAGUCCAAUAAAAGACGCAGACAAUCAAAUCUGUGUGGCUUACAAACACCAGUUUGAUCUCGUUAAUGAAAAGAACGGCGAUACGCUUACUCUACACUUUUGUUAGAAAAAAGGUACAUCUUGUGUCCGCUGUUGAUAUUUACGAAGAUGAAGAAGCUCAACUGCUCCUGUCCUAUAACCAUACAACUCAUUUUCAAAAAUUGUCGGAAGAUACGUCUACAGACUUUGACUUCCAGUGGAAUGCUGUCCCAGAUACUAUUGUGUGUGCCUUUCCUUACGUUAUGGCCUUCACUACUGAUACCAUUGAGAUUCGUCUUAUUGUAAACGGAAAUCUGGUUCACAAUAUGGUGAUGCCAAAACUGACUGCCAUUACCUCAAAGAGCGACAUCUAUUUUGCUAGCACAGCUCCGAAAUUUUUUCAGAUUCGGCGGGAAAGAGGGAAAAUUGACAAAAUGGAACGAGACCUCAGUUUGUCCCCGCCACAUUGUAAGUAGAUUCUAUUUCA